AUGUUGUUCUACCCAUUGCUCAAUUGUUGGUACCGCCUCACCAAUCUAUGGACGGGUGAAGCAUUGUCCUUGGAUGUCGUAAACGACAACGGUACACACUCGUCUGGUAUAUUGCAGAUGUCAGCCACGGGGUCCUACUCUGGGCAGUACUGGCGCUUCCAGCCCUUCCCGGCGGGAUCUACGACCACGUAUGCGCUUAGCACCUGGUUCCUUGGAGAAGGGAUGCGUUUGGAUGUGUAUGGCGAUAUUAAGACUGAGCCGCGCUUGGCGCUUGCUGGGCAAUAUUCGGGGCAGGUUUGGACGAUGACUUCGUGGGGCGAUGGGACGUAUAUGUUUACGAAUAAAUAUUCGGGGAGCGGCUUGCACUUGGAUGUGUAUAGCGAUACUGAGCGGCCGUUCUUGGAGGGUGGAGAUCACAUUGGCCAACACUGGCGUAUUACGCCUAUCACGCCUAUCGUCGGCGGGUAA